CACAAGAUGGCCAAGAGUUUGAUGACUUUGUUUUUGGCAGUCUCCUUCUUGCUUAUUUUAUGCGAUGUGAUUACAGUAGAAACAUGUCAACAAACAUGUCAAACUAGAGAAGAUUGUAGCUUAUCGUGUGAAUCUGGGUUUUCAACUUGUGUUGAUGGGAUGUGCGUAUGUUUAGCUGAUCUCAAGGCAUAUUCUGCUGAUUAUAAAGAUGUGGUGACAACAGAUACAUGUGAGUGUAGAGAAGAUUGUCAAAUAGCAUGUGACUAUGGGAUUGCAACUUGUGUUGAAGGGAGUUGCGUAUGUUUAGUUCUCAAGACACAUUCCACCAAUAAUAAAGAUGUGGUGACAGAAAAGAUCAUGUGUAAGACGACAUUAGACUGUCGUCGUGAUCUGAAAUGUAAAGUUGGGUUUCCAAUUUGUGUUGAAGGGGGAUGCAUUUGUAGUGAUCAACUCGGGUCAAUACUCCAUUAGUCAUGAUGGUGGCAGUUUUGGAGCCAAGUAUAUUAAUAGUCUUCAUUGUUAAUUUGUUAUUAAGAAUAUAAAAUUCCUUAUUGGCGGAUGAAUAUUGUAUUUAAUUCGAUGAUGUUUACUUGAAGAAAUAAAUAGCAAUGAAAUUUCAUUA